UGCAUGCAUGAAAUGUCGGUAACACGAGAGUGUUAUUGAUUUUUCGUAACGCGAGUAAUCGGAGUAAUCGUUGCGAUUGUAUUUUGAGAGACAUAAUUAGAUAUUACACGAUUGAAAUAUACAGCUGAUGGUGCCGACUCGGUAUCAAUCAAUCUACUGAGGAGAGAACGUAAACGUAGCGCAUUCGAACGUGUCCCUGAUCGCGGACGAUUAUUGAGGAGAGCGGAUUCUCCGUCGAUGAGCCGACCAUGACGGAGUGGUACCAAGCGAGGAUUCUGCGUCUGUGCGAAUUGGACAAUGCCGAGGACAAGAGGAACGUUCUCACGGACAUCAAGCUCAAAUUCGGCGCCCUGAAUAACCGGGACGCCGAGCAGGUCGCCCGCGGCCUGGACUACGGGCCGCUCUAUUCGCAGCUAACCUCCAACGACAGAGAAGUCGUAGAGCAGAUAUGCGACCUUCUGACCAUUUUGUUCGGCCUGCUGGAACCUGGGGAGAUUUAUCAGAAGUAUUUGGUCGAAGUGUCCACUCUGAUAACCAAUCCAAAUGCCAGCGUGAGAUUACUCGUGCUGCGCGAGUUUCUGCGUACGGCCUUGCAUCCGCAAAAGAUAUUUGAGCUGCUCGCGGACACCACUCUUCUCAUCUCAAUUGUAACGAGAAUCGGCGACAACGACUUGAACGUCGCCGAAUGCGCGAUGAGCGUGGUGAAGAAGAUUGGAGAAAAUCCAAACGGCUUGCACAUCCUGUACAAGGGCGAGCUCCUUAGAACGUUCGCCAGGCUGCUGCAGAACGACGCCAUUAGCUUUCGCGUUUACGAAGUGAUCGUGGACAUUGCCAAGACGUCUCAAGAGGCGCUCGAGAUAUCGGCCCAAUCGGGCUUUUUGAACAGUUUGAUCAACAUACUGGAGAACGAGGACAUACUGCUCCAAUUGAAUGCCCUGGAGAUACUGACUCAACUAGCCGUGUUCGAGGAGGGCCUGAGUUAUCUAGAGCAGCAAGAGGUGCUGAGCAAGCUCGUCCAGAAAAUAGCGCAAGUCAACGAGAAUCCCCUGUCGAACCUUCUGAUCCCCGGAUUGAUGAAGUUCUUUGGUAACGUCGCGCGUCACUGGCCCAACGAGUUAUUCUCCAGAUAUCCCGUGAUAAUCUCCGCGCUCUUCGACGUGAUAGACAGCGGGGAUCAGAAUAUCCUGGGUCCCGCGUUGGAUACAUUGGGAUUUGUGUCCGCGAGCAUCGAGGGCAAGUACGCGUUGCAGGCCCUGGGGGACGCGAUGCCGAGCGCCCUUAAGAAAAUCGCCGAGAUAGUGCAGAGAAUGCCCACUGCUCUGAGAAUUCGCGGCUUAAACAAUCUCGCCCUCAUACUCGAGGUCAAGAGAGUCGAGCAGGACAAUCGAAUUUUGUCCCUGACGAAGCUGUGGUUCGACUCGCUCUGCGACGAUCCAUUGGGUAUGAUCGUGGCGAUGUGCAGACAACCGUUUGCUGAUAUCAGACAGGCUGGUCUGGAAGUGCUGGCGGUUAUUAGUCCACAAGUGUGGGGGCAAGAAUACAUAUCCACGUAUCCUGGCCUAGUAGAGUUCCUAUUAGAUAGAAAUAUCGAAUCAUUUAAAGAGUGCAAGGAUGCGAAAUACCAAGUUGUCAAGUGUUUGUCUCAAGCGGAACGGGAUAUAUUCGACGCGGAUACCAUGCAGAAAUUCAAGCAGUUCGUUAACGAGGGUCCAUACUUUGUCGAUGUUAAUACGGAAGUCGCGAUUGAAGGUGCUUUGUAAAGCAACGGGGAAUAAACUGUACACAUUCAAUAUUAAACAUUAUGUUAGGCAUAACAUGAUGACAUGAGCAACUUCAGUGAGGGACAGAAAUAUUUAUUUUUCAUUUUAUUCGUAAGCGAAAGGUUAGUACCACAGAAGGUUGGUCUUUAUUCGACGUUCUUGUAUUUAAGUACAAAUAAGCCAACGUUAUUGAAAUACCUACGUUUAGUCUCUUUUUUUCCGAGCGGUUCUCCUCAUUAACGAAACAUUAUCGACAUUAUAUAACUGGAAUUUAUAUACAAAGAGAAAUAAUUUAUUUUAUAUCUAGCGAUACACAAAAGGAUCUACAUUGUUACAUAUUUGAAACAAAUCAAAUAAAUGGUAUUAAAAUACAUGCGUAUAUAUGUAUUAAUGUUCGCGAUAUUUUAUCAUUGUUCUUCGCGGAUUUACGAAAUUUAUACGUA